AUGGGGCUUGAAUAUGAAGUGCACCCCGUCAAUCUUCAAAAGGGAGAACAACUUAGCAAAGCCUUUCUUGCGAUCAGCCCAAGCAACAAGAUUCCGGCGAUCAUUGAUCCGCAAGGAACCGACGAUAAACCGUUGACGAUAUUCGAGUCCGGAGCAAUUUUGCUUCAUCUAGCUGAAAAAACCGGCUUGUUCUGGAGUUUCGACUACGGUCGUCGCUGUUUGAUUCAGCAAUGGCUGAUGUGGCAGAUGGGCGGAUUCGGACCCUGUACUCGGACAGCUGCAUCACUUUCGCAAAUUCGCUAA